CGCCCGCAGCUCCAGCGCGCAGGCUCCGCUCGCCUCCAUCCCUCUCCCUGUGGAGACGCCGGCCCCCGCAAUCCCCUCCCCGCCUUCCUGCCCUGGCUGCGCAGCGCAGAGCCGGCAGCGGCAGCCGGAGCUGGGCCCCGUGCGGCAUGGGGCGCCCCGCGUAGCUGCUGCUCAGGGCUCGCCGCCCGCGGGACCAGGCUGCGGGAGAGGCGCUAGCAGAACUGGCAAAUUUGUGUGGAAGAUGAAGUUUAUUCCUUCUUGAGACUGUCAUCCUAAAUAGUAAAUGGUAAAAGAAUGUGGGAUAAUCCAAGUCUCCGAUGUCUCCUAGCAAUAACUUUCUUACAUUUGCUGAGCUUAAUAUAUAGUCAGGAGACAGGUUUUCCAGAAGCACCAGAGAAUUUGAAAUGUAUCACACAUGACUUAAACAGAAUGAUCUGUUCCUGGGAUGCCACCUCCAGUGCAAACCUUGGACUGACUUACAAGAUUUGUUAUACAAACAGUGAACACUUCUCUCUAGUGUGUAUUGAAACUGAGGGAAAAAGGGCAGAUAUUCCAGUCACAGUGGGCUCCACUAACAUACGGAUAACCACACUAAAUGCUUCUGGAACUUCUUUAGCUACUGAAACAUUUGUAUUGUCUGAGGAAAAUGUUUCACUUAUUCCACUCACCCCCCAAAUUCUUAAUCUGAGUGCUGACUUUUCAACUUACACGUUAUAUCUGAAGUGGAACGAUAGUGGCUCAGUCUUCCAAUAUGAAUUAGAUGCCAGCUGGCAGAUUCAGAUUCUGCGUAAGGAAACAUUGGAGACAGUGGCACUAAUGAAUUAUGAUUCAAAAUUGACUGGCAAAGACUCUAUUCUUUCUUGGAAUUGGACAUCUGACAUACCUUUGGAGUGUACUUCAUACUAUGUGAAAAUUAGAUGUUAUAUUAAUGAGCCGUAUUUUACUGGUAGGAAGGAAUGGAGUGAAUGGAGCCCAAUUAGAACAGUUCCUGAAAAAGAUACUAAGCCCAAUAGCGCUAUGGUUUUUCCUCAAGACAAAGUGGUACUAGUGGGCUCAAAUGUGACAUUUUGUUGUUUAUACAAUGAAGGGGAAAGUAUAAAAUUCAUGAACUAUGGAUCAAAAAGUUAUCCACUCCUUCGCCUCAACAAGUGGAGCAGUGCAAUCAAAGUGCAGAAUGUCAGUGCUUCAAUUUCUAGUGGGACAAAUGUAUGGUGCUUGCUGGAGCCAGAUGGUCUGGAAGGAACAGUAUUAUUUGUAGGAUAUGCCCCCGAUACGCCACAAAACCUGAACUGUGAAACACGCACCUUUAUUACUAUAACAUGUAGCUGGAACCCAGGCAGAGCCACGGCACUAUACAGGCAACGGCAAACAAAAUAUAUUUUAUUUGAAAGAAUAUCUAAAGAAAAUGUUACAUGCAAAGUAGAUGAAUUGAAUAAGGAACAUUACUGUGACUUUCCAGUGCAUGCCAAUCAGAAAAUCUACAAUUUCACACUAGGAGCUUCCAAUCCUCUUGGUCAAGCAGAAUCAUCGCUCUUAAUUGAUGUAAAUCAAAGAGUUCAUCUGGAAACUCCUGUUAAAUUCACUGUGAGCACUAAUAGUUCAACAAAUGCCCAUCUGUCUUGGUAUAUACCUGGCAACUUUAUUCAAAUCAGACUUUUGUGUCAAAUUGAAAUUAGCAACAGUAAUUCAGAACGACAACUGAAUGUCUCAAUGGCCGGUGCAGAAAACUCAAAUUACAGAGCUUGGGUGGACGCAUUACAUCCGUAUGCCACAUACACGUUCAGAGUACGCUGUUCAGCUUCUGAGCAUUUCUGGCGGUGGAGUAAAUGGAGUGAGGAAAAAAAGCUCACAACUUUGGAAGCCCCUCCUGCAAGAGGACCGGCUAUCUGGAGAGAGAGAAGUCCUGUCGGAGAAACUCUAACAGUCUUUUGGAAGCCAUUACUUCUUUCUGAAGCAAAUGGAAUAAUACUAUCCCAUGAAGUGUCAUGUUACUCGCGAGAGAUAAUGCUAAAGGCUCAUGAAGUCCCUGUACCCUUGAACAGCACUGAAAUAAAGCUUGGGGGAAAUGAUUGUUUAAUCAGUGUUGUAGCCAAAAAUCGUGCUGGCUCAUCUCCCCCUUCUAGGAUAACUAGUAUGGAUCUUCCAAGUGACGAUGUUAAAACAGAGCUGGCAAUUGCAGCAGGAAAUGGAAUUUACAUUUCUUGGCAUUCUGACCCCAACGUGACCUGCGGCUACACAUUAAAAUGGUGUAUUUCAUCUGGAUCUGAACCCUGUAAUGUGGACUGGGAAAUGUUUCCUUCAAAUGCAACGGAUGCUGUGAUCAAAUCUGCUCUGUUUCAACCUGGUGUGAGAUACAAUUUUUCACUAUAUGGCUGCAAACACAAUGGAUAUCAGUUAUUACAGAAUAUAACGGGAUAUAUGAAAGAAUUGCCUCCAAAGGUAGCACCAAAUUUUACUGUAGAAGAAACCUCAUCAGAUUCAAUAUUAGUAAAAUGGGAAGACAUUCCUGUGGAAGACUGCCAGGGGUUUUUAAAGGGAUAUAUUCUUUACUUUGCAAAAGGGGAGAAAGGUUCUUCAAAGACUAGUUUUACGGACGAAGAAAACAAAACAGAAAAGAAUAUUACUGACCUAACGAAAAAGUCUUUGAGAAUACUUGAUCUUCAAGGCAAAACAAGUUACCGACUGGGCUUACGAGCCUAUACCGUUGGUGGAAUAGGCCCAUCGAAAGACCUGUAUGUGGUGACAAAGGAGAAUUCCGUGGGGUUGAUCAUUGCCAUUCUCAUCCCAGUGGCAGUAGCUGUUGUGCUUGGAGUGGUGACCAGCAUCCUUUGCUACCAAAAGAGGGAAUGGAUUAAAGAAACGUUCUACCCUGACAUUCCAAAUCCUGAGAACAGUAAGGCAUUGCAAUUUCAGAAGAAUAUAUGUGAGGGGAACACAGCUCUUAAAACCUUGGAAAUGAACCCUUGUACCCCGAAUAGUGUGGAAGUGGUGGAAACGCAAUCCACAGUCCUUAAGAUAGAAGACACAGAAAUUAUAUCCCCUGUAGCGGAUAGUGAGCUUCCUGAAGAUGGGUCUGACCCAGAAACAGGAAGCCACGUGGUGGUGUCAUACUGCCCACCAAUCAUUGAGGAGGAGAUCUCCAGUCCACCAAUAGAUGAACCUGUGGGAUCUUCUCAAGUCAUUUAUAUUGACAUUCAGUCAAUGUAUCAGCCUCAAGUUAAUCCAGAGGAAGAGCCAGAAAUUAACUUUGUCACUACAGCAGGCUAUAAGCCACAAAUGCAACUGCCAAUUAAUGCUAUGAAAAUGGAGAGUCACUCACCCACAGAAGAGGACUUAGAUAAAACUGCGGGCUACAGACCUCAAGCAAACACUAAUGUCUGGAAGUUAGACUCUCCAGACUCUCCUAUAUCAAUUCAAAGCAACAAUGAAAAUGGAUCUUUUGGAAGUCCGUGCUCCAUUAAUUCUCGACAGUUUUUGAUCCCCCCAAAGGAUUAUGAAGACUCUCCCACCCAUAACAACACUGGGUGGUCCUUUACAAAUUUUUUUCAGAACAAACCAAAUGAUUAACCAUCAUGGUAAUCGUCAUUUCAUCCGAACUUGCCAUUCAAUAAGUUCUUGUUCCUAGUGUUGUCAUAUCAGCAUGGGUUAUCCUUGGAGACAGUCAGCAGCUUUUUUUUUUUUGUGAGCUGAAUGUUACCACAUUUAAGUUAAAGUGUUAAUGUUCCAUUUUAAUACAGGCUAAAAACUCAGUUAUAGAAACUCAGUUAUUAUACUAUGAAGAUAUAGGGGUUUUGAGGUUAGAUCUCCUCGUAAUCCUAGUCAAAGAACUCUGUCUGCUUUCAAGUUGUGUUUCAAGAUCAAUGUGAUCUCAUACAACUUGUUACUUUGAAAGGUGUUCUACUUCUGUUGUUAACUGGCUCUUAUAAUGAAUAUUCAGAAUAACUAAAUCCAAAUCAGUUUAUAAACUGUCUAGAUGAGGGUGAUGGCGGUAGGUAAACUUUCAGUCUAACAGUUGGAAAUUACAUGCUUAGAUUGGUAGUUAAUUAAAUCUGUUACCAAGACAUUACAAUUAGCACUUUAAUCUGUGCUUAGUUAAAGUCCCACGGGUAAAAAUAUCAUAAUCAUUUAACACUUUAAACAAUGGCUAUUCAUGUUUGUUGUUUGAUAACCAGAACUCUAGAUUCUGUACCUACUGUACAAUGUUUAUUCAAUAUCUGACUCAGGGGUACAAACUUGGAAAAUGAGUAUAACACUGAUUUAAACCUCAACAAGAACUGCAAAAUGUUUAAACUUCAGCAUUAAUUUUUUAAACCUUAAAACACUAUCUUUUUUCUCUUUUGGUUAAGGAGGUAGUAUUUCCUAACAUAUUGCACUAAUGUGUUUUGUAUUUUAGAGCUGCAGCUCCAGAUCUGCUACCUCAAAGAGGUUAAGCAUCUUUUUCUUCUAGAAACACUAGUUUAGACCAUUAUUAGUCUAGAACUAAAGUGCUGUGAGCAGGCCACCCGAGUGAUUAGUCUCAUUCUUCAACAGUUGUUGGUUGCAUUAACCUAUCAGUAGAGACUGCUCCAUAGAUUGCAUUUAGUAGCACUAGCUGCCCAGGCAGAUUUGCUCCACCAGUGAGAAAGGUUGGUCUUUAUCUGUAAUAGUCCCCACCAGCCAGGAAGACACUCUGUGGCUAAACUCCAGAAACAUUAUCUACCAAACAGAGCACUCUUUCCAAAUCCUACGUGGAAACAUAAGGUGAGAUUUCUCUACAGGCAAGGGGGAUCCCAGGUAAGCUAAUGCCACUAAUGGUUUUUAAUAGCUACUCCCCAGCACUGGUCACCCAAUGUAAUGCUCUAAUGGCAAGAUUAGCAUUUGUGUGUGUUUUUAAAGAAAUGUUAAAAAUCAUCAUCGUUGAGUAUUUCUGCUUUCACACCUACGUCACAUAAACCUGCUAUAAACAGCUCUAAUUGUAACACUUCAAUGUAUAAACAUUAGAUUGUGACAGAUGCAUCACAAGAACCAAGCCAUUACUUCAUUGACUUUGUUUUUUAAAUGCUUUAUAACUUAAAUCUGUUUCUAAUUGUUAAAAAAAAAAUAAUAAUGAUGGAGGGUCAUGUGAUGCAACAUUGAAGUAAAACAGUGUGCUCUUAAGCUCUUAGCUAAAUCCUUUUAAGGUCUCGAUUUCGAGCAUUAAUUUGUGGCUCCUCAAAUAAUUAAUUUGCAGAAAUAGCUUUCUAAACCGAGCACUGAGACAGCCAGUCCUGCUGAAUUUGAUAUUAGACCCACAGCUCUGAAGUAGUCGGAGCAGAUCAGGAAGACAGGUCUCCAAAACCAUACACAUCCACUGCAUGUGGAACUGUGAUCUGGCCACCCAUCAGACAAAAAUUACCUUAAACCUGAUCACAGCAAUAAAUACUAAGAUUCUGUAUCUGCACCCACUUUUCUUUAUACUUCAAAAGUGGCAUAACUUACCAUGAUCUAUGUUUGGCUGAGUCUCUUGGAUAAAAAUGAAUGUCUUUCUCCAAGUGUUCCCUAUCCUCUCUUAAACCAAAAAACACUGAAUGGAUCAGGUAUUGAUUUUUAUGUGACAUCAGAGGAUACUGAUAAUCAGCUUGAUGAGGCUUGAAAGGCAAAAAACAAAAGAGGGUAUUAACCUCUUAAAAAUCUGAUUUAUGGUGAAGGCACAUUGCUCCAUCAGGAGAUCAGAGAACAUCCUGUCCUUGGGACCACUCUGCAAAUGUGGAGAAAAAAGCAAUUCCAUACCUUGGUCUAUUAUCAAAAUUCUCAUUGACUUCCCAGAUGUGUGCAAGGUACCAGGUUUUCUUUCAGGAUGUGAAGACGGUAACUUCAACGGAUGGGCUGUCAAAGGACAGUAGAUCCUUGGAGAUUUUUAUUUAUCGCAAGUCAUAAUGCAAUUGACUUUUGAACUGCUCAGAAUUAAAUUUAAUCUUUCUUGGGAUUUCUAUACAUAACUACAAGUAACUCACUUCCUAGACAUGGUAGCUAAAUGAGAAACUCCACAAUUGGGAAUACAAAUUGGAAGAAACUCUGGUGGUGGCCUUACUCAAUCUCUUCUUGCUACCGCACAAAUUUUGUUAAGAAAUGCAAGUACAUGCCCCAAGGUCUUCCAUCUCCUGAACUUCAUAUCUUAAAAUCCCUUUUGAGGAUUAACAGUGGCAAAAAGCCCUUUGCAAAUAGAGGUUUCAACAUUACAAGCAAGCGCCAUACUUUGCGCUGCACAGACUUUACUAUUUUCAUUAAACUUUGAACAAAAUCUGUACAUUG